AUGUUCGUCGAGCACGGGGGUCGAGCACGGGGGUCGAGCACGGGGGCCGAGCACGGGGGCCGAGCACGGGGGCCGAGCACGGAAGCCGCGCCCGCGGCCAGCGCCGCGGCGGAGGCUGAAGAGGGCGGAUGCUGGAGAGGAAGGUCUGAGCCUAUGUCGACCGCGUCGGAGAUCGAGCGCCUCGGCGGGACCAACGCCAACGCCCCCUCGGGCGGGCUGGCGGUGCACCAGGCCGAGGCGCGGCGCCGCGAUCCGCGCGACUUCCAGCCCUUCCUGCGGCUCAACGCCCUGCUCGCCGAGGUGCCGCCGGGCCCCUCGCCGGCCGCCGACGGCAAGCCGAUCAACCUGUCGAUCGGCGACCCCCAGGUGGCGCCGCCGGCCUAUCUGCUGGAGGAACUGACGGCCGACCUCGGCGCCUGGGGACGCUACCCGCCGCCGCGCGGCGAGGCGGACUACGCGGCGGCCUGCGUCGACUACCUCAACCGUCGCUACGACCUGCCGGAGGGGCUGCUCGACCCGGCGCGCCAUGUCCUGCCGCUGCCGGGCAGCCGCGAGGGGCUGUUCUUCGCCGCCCUGGCGCUGGCCGCCGGCGCCGAGGCCGAGGAGCCGGAGCGCAACGCCGUGCUGCUGCCCUCGCCGGGCUACCACUGCUACAUGGGCAGCGCCGCCGUCGCCGGCCUCUCGCCGGUCUUCGUGCCGGCGCCGGAGGAGACCGGCUUCCUGCCCGACUUCGCCGGCCUGCCGGCGCAUACCCUGGGCACCAGCCUGCUGGCCUAUCUCUGCAGCCCGGCCAAUCCGCAGGGCGCGGCGAUGAGUCUGGAGCGCUGGCGCGACACCCUGCGGCUGGCGCGGGCCUGCGGCUUCGCGCUGCUGGCCGACGAGUGCUACGGCGAGGUCUAUCUCGACGCGCCCCCGGCCGGCGCCCUGCAGGCCGCGGCGGCCGAGGGCGGCAGCCUGGAGGGGCUGCUGGUCUUCCAUUCCCUGUCCAAGCGGUCGAGCGCGGCCGGGCUGCGCUGCGGCUUCCUGGCCGGCGACCCGGCGCUGGUCGAGCGCGUCGACGCCUGCCUGCGCGUUGGCGGCGCCGGGGUUCCGGUGCCGGUGCAGCGCGCCGGCGCACGGCUGUGGCGAGACACCGAACUGCCGGGCCAGACCCGCGCCUACUACCGCGACCUCUUCGCGCGGGCCGAGCGGGUCCUGGGCGGCCGCUUCGGCUACCGCCGGCCCGACGGCGGCUUCUUUCUCUGGCUGGACGUCGGCGACGGUAUCGCGGCGGCGCGCCGGCUGUGGGCCGAGGCCGGGCUGCGCGUGCUGCCCGGCGCCUACAUGGCCGGCCCGGCCGACUUGCCCGACAACGCCGGCGAGCGCUACAUCCGGGUGGCGCUGGUCUACGACGGCGAGACCACGGAGCGGGCCCUGCUCUCCAGACGGGCCCGGGCCGGUGGGGGCCGCCGGUCGCCGCGCAACGCGGUGACGGCCGGCGGGCGAGAGGGAAUCGAGGACACGAGCAUGGCGGUGCAGGGGGCAACGGGCGGCAAGCGGCGCGGGACCGGGCGGUCCGGCGGCGGUGGGCUGCGCCUGCUUCCGGCCGGGGCCGGAGGCUUCCUGAGAAAGCGCGGCGCCGAGGCGCUGGGCGGCCUGCUGCUGCUCGUCGGGCUGGCCGGGCUGCUGGCGCUGCUCAGCUACCACCCCGGCGAUCCGGGGCCGAACGUCGCCACCGACGCGCCGGCGCGCAACCUCCUGGGCCGGCCCGGCGCCUGGAUCGCCGAUCUGGGGCUGGCGACGCUGGGGCUGAGCGCCAGCCUGCUGGCCCUGGUGCUGCUCGGCUGGGCCUGGCGGCUGCUGCGCGACAAGGCGCUGCCGCGCUGGGGGCUGCGCCUGGCCCUCUUGCCGCUGAUGCUGCUGCUCGCCGCCACGGCGCUCGACGGCCUGCCGCGCCCGGCCGCUUGGGCCCAGGCCGCCGGCCUCGGCGGCUUCGUCGGCGACCUGCUGCACGGCCACCUGACGCAGAUCCUGGGGCUGCUGGCGCCGCUGCCCGACUGGGUGGGGGCCGCCCUGGCCGCGCCGCCGGCGCUGGCCGCCUUCCUCUAUCUGGUCGCGCUGGAGGGCGGCGAGUACCGUGCGCUCGGCCGCGG